CCAGGCUUUUGCGACAACUGCUGAUUUAGCACUGCUGACCCAUAAAGAAUGUUAUUGACUUUCGAAGAAAGGCACGGAAGGAGGGAAAGAUUCUUAGAACGAGGCAGAUUUUGUAUUAAGGAGGAAAAUUAAACACAAUGGGUUCUAUUCUUGGGGGAGCUAUGAAAGAGACCAUGGAUGAAAACAUGAAGAAGAAUCAGGAAUUUAUGUUGAAAACUCAACAAAUACAGCUGGGAAGGCAGCUUCAAAUGCAGAAUGCUAUGAGAGAAAGACAAAUGUCCAUGCAACUAGCUGGAGCAAGAGAAAUGUUUAAUUGGUUAGCUACAUUCUAUGGAAUUGCAACAAUUGGCAUGUUUGCUGGGUUUAUGAAAUCCAAAAAGCCAGCUGUUUUAAUUCCCUUUCUUCCACUAUCCUUUGUUGUUGGUUAUCAGGCUGAUUAUGUUUAUGGAGGCAAAGUCAGCAGAAUUAGAGAGGAGGCAGAACGUAUCAUGAAAGAAGAAUAUUCAAUUCUUCAACUCCCUGCUGGGAUACCUGAUUUCAAAUCAAUCGAAGAAGCUCGUCUAAAGGCCGAAGGAAAGUCAUCUUGAACUUUUCUAGUCAUCUGAGAAGCUUGCAUUACAUAAAAAACACACCUAUGCAAUCUAUAAUCUCUACUAUACCUAAGUUAACAUCAUUAUAAAACCCAUACGCUUACAUAAACAUUUUGAAUUUA